UCCUGCCAUUGGCCAGUGAAGCCUGCGCUCGGGGCUAGCCCCUGCUAUAUAGCAGUGAGAGUCGGUGUGGCUCUGACAGUCUGAAAGUGGCGAUGGCUGUGUUUGAGUUCCUCCUCCUCUUCUGCUUCUCUCCGGUGUUGGCCAGUUCCGAUCGGUACAACAGGACGUGCGUCGGGACAGCGAUAAACCAGUGCCAAGACCUGAGGUCGGCUGUGAAGUGUAAAGCACUGCAUCACUGUGUGAAGACCACAUGGAGCCAGCCUAAAGCUAAUGACGACAUCUGCGACUUGUGUAAGAGGUUCAUCGGGGUUGUGGCUGACAUGGUGAAGGACAAAACUGUGCAGGAUGCUGUAGAAAAGGCUCUGCACCAAGGCUGCAAUCUGAUACCCAUCAAACAAUUUGCUGAUAAGUGCAAUGACCUUGUUGAUGCCUACCUACAAAUCAUCAUUGAACUUCUUGAGAAAGAGGUGGAACCAGAUGCAUUGUGUGCUGCUCUAGGCUUGUGCAAGUCUCUGCAGAAGGAAUCCCUCUAUGAUGGCACUGCCGUGGCCAAGCUGGGUGUAGACAACUUCUCACCGAUUUCACAUCGAGUCUGGAGACCAUUCAAGCAGGACCCACUUCCCAAACAUAGAUACACGUGCGAAUCCUGUCACCUUGUGAUGAAGAAAUUGCAACGAUUAUUGCCUGAGGGAAAAACGGAGGCUGCCAUCGCCAAAUUGCCCAGAAAGGUCUGCUCUCGAAUGACGGGCAAAUACUUGACGAAAUGUCAUGGUUUUAUGGAAAAGUUUGGAGAGACAGCUGUGGAUCUGCUGUCCAAAGAAGUUCAGCCCAGAGCAGUGUGUGACAUUCUUCGCAUUUGUUCCACCGCAGAUUCAAAGGAGCUGGCGCUCCCUGUAAUGCCCUGUUACAUGUGUGAGAAUGUCGUACGUCAAUUCAAGGCAGCUCUGAACAAAGGCGCCAGAAUGCAUCUAAUGCUGCAGGAAACCUGUAACCCGUUCUUGGAUAUCUCCAAUUUUGUGUGCGAAGAAUUUGUCUACGUCCACACACCUGUGCUUGCCAACAUUUCAGAGUAUCCAGAGGAUUUUGAUCUGUGCGGGGCUCUGCACAUCUGCACAAGAUAAGUGGAUGCACGCUUCGACAGAAUCCUCCAACCUGUAUAAAGCUGUCAAACGGUGAGAGGAGCAAGACAAACAAAGGCCAACCCCUGCCGAAAACAAAAUUCCUCUUGCACUGCUUAGAAAUUUAAUUCAGGGUCAGCACACACUCACUGAAUGCUGGAGACACUCGGCAAGUCUGAGCAUUGGUGGAGAAAGGAAAAACAUUCAAUGCUUCAAGUCCAAACGUUUCAAACCAUUUGGCUGUUGCACGUGUUGGGAAUGUGUGUGGAAAUAUUAACACAUUCAGCUAAAACCCUGUUCACUUCCGUAACACUGCACGCAAUUCCGAAACAGUUCACUGUCUCGCCACAAUUCCAAAGUUGAUCUCAGGUCUGACAAGGCACUGUCGUUCAAGUCUUCUUUUUCCAAUCUCAGCUGUCGAUGACUUGUGGCAAAACAUCACCAAGGCAACGGCAGCGUUAGGACCAACACGACUUUACUGAUUCAACGUGGGGAAAGAAAAGCUAGCCUUCUCAGAGAAAGAAAGAGUGGACAGAUCAAUGUUAACAUGAAUUCACCCAGUAACACCUCCCAUUAAAUUUUCCUUCCCUUGUCCUCUGGAGCUGAUUGCAAGUUAGCCAAACGGACUUUAAAAAUGUGCUUCGCUUGCUUAAUAAACUUUCUUUUUUACUAACAUA